AUGACGCUGAGCGCACGGGCAUCGCGCCAUGAUGCGCCGCCUUCUAAGCGAGUGCGUGUCGUACAGGGCGAUGCUUCGGAUGAUGACGAUAUUCAAGGGGCAGAGUACUGGGCCCGCCAAGCUGCAGCAGCGGCUGCUAAGGCAGUACCUCAACGACGUGAUUUAUACCUAGACACCAUCCAACGGAAUGUUUUAGAUUUUGAUUUCGAGAAAGUAUGCUCUGUAUCCAUGUCAAAUGUACAUGUAUACGCAUGUCUCGUAUGUGGCAAAUAUUUCCAGGGCCGUGGCAAGACGACACAUGCAUACUUUCAUGCCAUUGAUGAAUCUCAUCAUGUAUUUAUGAAUUUGGACACGACCAAGGUGUACAUUCUUCCAGACAACUAUGAGGUGACGGACCCUUCUUUUUCUGAUAUCCAGUACCAAUUGCGUCUUACGUACUCGGAGGCGCAACUCCGUACGUUUGACACGGCAGAGGCCCCUGUCUCGCGUGACUUGCGGGCACAUACUUACUUACCAGGGUUCGUGGGCAUAAACAAUCUGGGGCACAGUGAGGGCUUGAGUGUCGUCCUACAUGCAUUGGCCCAUGUCACGCCGCUGCGUAACUAUUUCUUGCGUGGAGGCACACCGGCCACACAUCGUGUCGAUGCCACAGAAGAGCCAUUGUUGCAAAGUACAUCGUUGGUCCAGCGUUUCGGAUUACUGCUGCGCCGCUUAUGGAACCCACGUGCCUUUAAAAGCCAAGUAUCGCCCCAAGAGUUUCUUCAGGAAGUGGCCCAGGUCAGUCAUGGCUCCUUCCAGCCAGGUACGCCUGCCGAUCCUGUGGAGUUCCUUGGCUGGCUCCUGAAUCGAUUGCAUAUGGACCUCGUGGGUGGCACAUCACAUCGAAAGCAGCCAUCCGUGAUCACGACCUGUUUCCAAGGCGCUUUGCGCCUAGAAUCGCAAAACGUGAUUGUGCGCACUGGCUUGGAAGACGAGAGUGCGAGUAGCCUUGAUCGACUUGAUCACGAUGGGCGUCGAGAUAGUGGGCAACAAGAUGAGCACGGUCAUGCGAAGUUUAAUAUUGAGAAGGCAAUUCAAGUGAGCCAGACGCCGUUCUUGAUGCUGACCAUCGACCUGCCGCCGCUGCCGGUGUUCCAAGACGUGGUAGCUGAGAACAUUAUUCCCCAAGUUCCUUUAGUGCAUGUCCUGGCCAAGUACGAUGGCAUUACCAUUCAGGAAGCACAAGGUCGAAUCCGGCGGCAUCACCUCACACGGCUCCCUCCCUACUUGAUCCUUCACUUUCGACGGUUUACCAAGAACCGCUUCGUGGACGAACGGAAUACUACGAUUGUCAAUUUUCCCACGGUGGGAUUGGAUAUGUCGCCUUAUGUUGCGUCGGCGACGAAAAGCGACGAAGAUGCAGACCAUGUCCCGCUACAGCAUACCUACAAUCUCCUGGCUAACAUUACGCAUGAGGCUGCCGCUGGCACUGUACGUGAAGGAAGUACGUGGAAUGCACAGGUGCAUACACGAACCGAGCCGGAGGCAUGGUACCAGAUGCACGACUUGCUGGUCGAGCAGGUGAACAAACAGAUGCUUUUCUUGGGAGAAUCCUACGUGCAGAUAUGGGAGCGUAUUGGCGCGAUAGACGCGGUAGAGGCACAGGUGGCAUCGUUGCCGCCGGCACGACCACGCUCUGCCUCCAAAAAGAAAAGUUCAUAG